CAUUUUCACAUUUCAAGCCUUCGUAUCAGUCUAUAAUCUAAUAUACCACCUUCCCUUUUCUCAAGGACACAGCUCACUCGAAUUCAGUCCAAAACCUUACCCAUUCCAAUUCCAUUCAAGUUUUCAUUCCCAGAAAGGUAAUGAACUUCUAAGCUUUCAAAAUUCUCAUGUUUUAUCCUUUUGUCUAGAAAGAUUUCAUAUUAGUCUUCACUUACCCAUCAAAGCUGCGUACCAGAACACUAUAAAAAUCUCAGCUUUAUAUCAUUUUCAUACAAUUUAUUUAUAUGAUAUAUUUACUGGGGUAAAGCAAAAUGGCAUCUACAUCAGCAGCUUGGCUGUACCAAGAUAAAGGAUUGAGGUGUACAGUCUCUGCAGAUGGCUUUAUUGCUAGGAACCCAUGUUUGAAGUUGCAGACAUCAUUUUUAAGUUCUCAAACAUUUCAAGUCAGAAUUGGCUUAACUGGUUCAUUGAAGAGAGUACCUGCACUGUCUUCAAUCAAAUGUGAGAAGAAAGACGAAAACUCAAAGAAAGAUGAAAACUAUAAAAAAGUUUCUGUUGAGCGCCCACCAUACUACAGCUAUUUAGACUCAACAUCUGGGGAGCUUGAACCGGCAUCUGGUGCUCGUGCCAGCAUUCCAGAGCAGGAUUAUUGGCCAGAAGGCACUGCUAGUCGAGUAAGGGCUGCCAAUGCUCCCGAGCCUACAGGUAAAUCUGUUGGAUCUCCAUCAUUCGGAAAGAGUCCUGGAAGUAGGAGGAAGAAGCAUUUAACAUCAGUUGCUGCUCAUGAAACCUCUGAAGUAAUUGUAGAGUCCAGUGAUUUAGUAGAAUCUGAAAGUUCAGAUGAUUCCAUGGACGAUGCCAAAGAGAAAUCCGAAUUCGUUGAGUAUCAGAGUGAACCAGAUAAGGAAGAAAAUACUGGAUAUGAGCUCGACAAAAAAUUGGGACGUCCUCAUGCUUUCAUUGAUCCAAGAGUGAAGAAACCAAUUGGGGAAUCACUUACAAGUGAAGAACUCUGGUGGAACUGGAGAAAACCAGACAAGGAACAGUGGUCUAGGUGGCAAAGAAGACGACCUGACGUUGAAACGGUCUUUCUCAAAGCAAUGGCAGAGACUGGGCAGGUAAAGCUUUAUGGUGACCAUCCCACAUUGACUGAAACUGCUCUUUUCAGAGCUAGACGACACCUAUUUAAGGAAGAGAGGCUUCAAGAUGAACGAGAGAGGCUGAGUAGAGAUGGUCCGUUAUCUUACUAUUCAGAAUGGGUAAAAGCUUGGAAGAAGGACACUUCAAGGGAAGCUAUUCAGAAGCAUUAUGAAGAGACUGGUGAAGAUGAAAUAGCUCAACUAAUCGACAUGUUCUGUCAUCAAACAGACAGAGAGUAUCGCAUAAUGAUGGGAACUGAUAUCCGCAUACCCAGAGAUCCUCUAGCCAUGCGAAUGCGCGAGGAUCAAAUAAAGCAAAUAUGGGGCGGCGAUCCAGUUUAUCCAACUGUAAACUAUAUUCAAGAACCAGAUAAAGUGAUUGAUUAUAGGGGCCCAGAUUUUCAUGAACCAACACCUAAUAUGCUCGAUUUUCUUAAGGAGCAUGGCAAAAUCAUAUCCAGGGAAGAGCUUGAAAAGCUUCUAGCAAAAGAUAAGACUGAAGAAGUUCAGGUACCAGAAAUAGAAGAAGCUAUGGCACAGGCUGUUGACAUUGGUGAAAACGAGGAUGAAAGUGAGGAUAGUGAGGCUGAGGAGGUCGAGGUUGAGGUUGUAGAUGACGGGAAAGUUAAACGCAAUUGGAGUAUUUUGAAAACGACUCCCGGCAAGUCAAAGGGCAAAACCAAAACUAAACCUAAAAAGAAUGGCGGCGGUAUGUCGUUGGACGAGGCUGUAGAAGAUUCAGAGAACUUGACUGAUUUUCUUUUGGACUUUGAAGAAGAAGAGUAAACUCCUUUUCUUUAUAAUUCACAUUUCACUAUAGAUUUUCUAGGAGAAUCAAAAUAGGAAAGAAAAAGAAUAUUGUAAGGAACUUAGGCUCACAAAAAAAACUAUUAGUAACAAACAUCAUUGGCAUAGGUGUAAGGUUGGAAUUUAUUGAGGUUCUAUUCAUAAAAAUAGUGAUAGUUGCUAUUUUGGGAUCAGUGAGUUGAAAUGGGCUAUGGUUUAAUUUCACAAAUACCACUCAAUGCAAUUAUUAUUAGGGAUUUUCACACAAAAUACUUAAAAUGAUAUAUAUAUUUUUUUUACAUUUGUGCUGAAAAAUGCCAUUCUUCACA